AUGGCAGAUGUGGCUUCAAGCAGCAGCAUUCCGGUGCUUGCCGAGGACGACUGUGAACGAUUAGCUCAAAGCUUCGAGAGGUCAUGCGGUCCAGAUGGGUUUGUUGAUGCCGCAGAAAGCCAGAGGCUUUUGCGACGCACAGGCUUACAGGAGCAGUUGCUAGAGACGAUUUGGGACCUUUCAGACUUGGACCGUGAUGGUCGCUUGUCGCUGCGAGAGUUCAUCUGCGCGAUGACCCUUGCAGACCAGGCCAAAAACGGGCAACCCUUGCCGGUGGAGCUGCACCCCGAGCAGCAAACAAGCUUGGCUGCGCGUGUGGAGCUGCUUGUCAAGUCCAGGCCGCAGAAGGAGGAGUUCAGCACGGUCGAGACCAGUGCCAGUUUUCGAGGACCGCCUGCAGGUCUAUUUACAGAAACAGAGCGCAGCUUGCCACAGGCCUCUCCUCUACGUGGCCGUGACUCAACACCGCGACCGUUGCCGAUGCUUGGAGAAGGGCAAGACCGGAUGGAGACCACGAAGAUGCCCGAGACGCUGCCGAAGCUUGGCCAACUCGCCACUGUUCUGAAGCUUGUCUCCCGAGCUGGGCCCGGUGAGCUGCAAAAGCUUUGCGAAGAGGUUCUCCAGGAGCGCCAGCGGCUAGAAAGUCAGCUUGGCCGGCGAAGGGAGCUGGAGGAGGCGUUGCGAGCGGCCAAAGGACGCCUGGACGAGGUUCAGGAACGCCACCGCAGCAUGGAGGCACAAAGCGCUGCCACCAAGCGCCGAAUCUCCUAUUUGCAGGAUGAAUUGGUUUUCGUAACGCGAGAAGUGAAAACUGUGGAGGAGGAUCUGGAUGCGCUUCGUCAAGCCUGCGGCUUGGGAGACAAGGAGAUGCGGCGCAUGCCCGUGCCGUACUCUGAUCUCCAAGAAGAGCGGCGUGAUGUGCUGACAAAGGUCAAAGCCGAAAGGGAGCUGCUUCUCAAGGACCAGAAGGAAGUUGAGGAGCUUCGUGGCAAGCUGGAGCGGGUCUUCCAGCAGAAGCUUGAAGCCCAGAUGAAGCAGCAGGCACUUCUGGAGAAGCAGCGCCAGUGUGAGCAAGACAGGGGCCUGGUGCUGACGGCCAUUGAGGCAGACAAAGCAAAGCUGCUGUCGAUGCGCUCGGAGAGGCUCAGGUCGUGGCAGGACAUUGCGGAUUUGGAGAAACAGCUCCAGGACGUCGAUCAGGAGAGGCUGCUGGUCUCACGUCAGGUGGUUGGGAGAAAUGUUCCCUCUACUUCGCGUAGCACGGAGGUGCCAAAUCGGCGCAAGGGGGUGCCUCACGAGUCCUCGCCAUCUGUCGUUUAUGGUGGCAGCCCGGCCGGCGGCGCCGUUGCCACUAUGGGUAGUGUCCCUGGCGGACGGUCUGAGGCACGUAGCAACUGGAGAGUCGCUCCAGAUCCUGUCCGUUUCAAUUCGGCAAUGGAGGCCCCCAUGGCGCAUCUUUCAGGACCUGCACCACCAGGUGCGCGAUUCUCGCAAGCCAUGCCCAACUCAGGCUACACGCGCCACGACGGCCGCGGAAUCCGGGCCGAUUCGUGA